UAAAAGAGGCUGGUCCGCUGUUAUGUAUAUGCAUAUUUUCACACAUCUGAUUCUGUGAGGCUUCAGUUCAAUGAAUUGCAGACAUACACAAACAGUCACUUACUUUUAAAUGAACAUUAUCUGUGCUGUCUGUACCACCCCACAAGUAUCACCCCAAUGUGAGUCUUUCGGGGUCUACUCUGUACACUGCACUGGACACAACAUAGGCUGCAGUUCUGACCAUAGCUGAAGCUUAAAAGACGAGCUACGCACAUAAAUGCGGUGCGGUGAUGUCACGGCAUAUAGAAAUACAUAUUAUUUCAUGUUGUUAUUGCUAAUAUAAUUUGUUGUUUUAAUAAUGUAUAAGAUUACUGCUUACUGGGUGGGUUGUUGUGCUGUAACACCCUACCGCGUGAUUUUGUUGCUGCUUCACCGCGGUAAAACAAAAUCCCGUACUGUCACAGCCAACAAAUCAGCGUUUCAAAUGAGGACCACUUAUAAAUAUGCAGGGUUUAAAACUGGGCCGAAGCUAAACCCCGUCACAAAGGCUGAAGUCUGCUCCGGUGUGCCCGCUGCAAAAGUAAGUUACUGGUCGCUGUGUAUGUCCAUUCUCAUGAAAUGCAUACAAAUAACACGCAGUGUGAUUAUAGUGCUAUACGGCAAAUUUCAAUUUUGAGAGCAUAUGAUACACCAGUCCUUCCCGGAUUUCGGCACAUGUAUUGCAAGAUUAUCCCACUGCGUGAUACUGUAUGUGUAUGCAUAUGAGAAUGACUGAUACCACACCGGUUCAGAUUAGGGAUGUAAACGGUUAAUCGAUUAUCGGUUAAUUGUCGACAAGAAUUUAUUCGAUUGAAUUUAAUUUAUUUCGGUUAAUUGAACAUUGCGAACGUGAGACGAGAUUCUCGCGGUCAGCGCAAGACCCGACACGAGAUUCUCGCGGGCGGCGCGAGACCAGACAAACUUGAGGUGGCAAAACAUGAGGCGGUCUAAACGGAGUGGAGUGUGGGAGCAUUUUAAGUUAAUUAACGACAACAAAGACGCCGAAUGUAAACUCUGCGGCACAAGGAUUAAGUACAACAGCUCUACGAGUUCGUUGAGAUAUCACUUGAAUAACCUGCAUGCAGCCGUGUUGCUGGGAGAAGGUCUGUCGCCUUCACAACCUACAAUCGCUGCUGUGGUGGGACGGCGAGUAUGUGACCACAGGAGAGCGGAGGGCAUUACUCAGAGGAUUUGCGGCAUGAUCGAAAAAGAUAUGAUGCCAAUUAGUACCAUUGAUGGUGAGGGAUUUCGGGAGUUAAUGCACUUCAUGGAGCCAGGAUAUAAUAUCCCUACUCGACCGACCAUAACUACCCACUUGGAAGCACGCUACAAAAACAAGGCGGCUGCGCUAAAAACACAGUUAGCCGUGGCUAAUGUGGCUUUGACGACGGAUUGUUGGACGGCAAUGACUACAGAAAGCUACAUAACAAUCACUUGCCACUUCAUUGAAAACGACUGGCAGGUAAAGUCAGCUGUCCUUCUCACAGAUAGUCUCUCAGUGAGACAUACAGCUGAUAAUUUAGCUGACAAACUCAACCAAGCUGUGGAGUCAUGGGGACUCACCGGACGUAUAAUAGCCUUUGUGCAUGACAACGCUCGAAACAUCGUGUCCGCAAACAACCCCGAACGAGUAAGUUGGAAAUCAGUUUCUUGCUUUGCACAUACUUUAAAUCUGGCCGUCAACGACGGAUUCGCUGCUGCUGGUAUCAACCGAGUAAUUGCAGCUGCUGGCAGGUUGGUCAAACACUUCAACCACAGCACACCAGCAACAAAAGCGCUAGAAGUAAAACAAAAACAAAUGCAGCUACCAGCUCAUCGGCUCAUUCAGUCCUGUAAAACCAGGUGGAACUCUGUACAUGAAAUGUUUGCCAGACUCGUAGAACAGCGAUGGGCCGUGUGUGCUGUACUAUCAGAUAGGUCAGAGACCAAGCUUGCAGAUGCGAGGACGCUUGAGUUGAGAGACGACUUCUGGCAGCUCAUGGAGGACAUGGCGCCAGCACUGGAGGCUCUCAAAUGUGCAACUACUGUCAUGUCUGCAGAUACUGAAGUAUCCAUAUCCAACACGUACCCCAUCACAUUCAGUCUGAUCAAUACGCAUCUUAAGACAGCAGAUGGAGACAGCAGCAGAGUGGUGGAAUUCAAAUCUAAAGUUCGCACUUCAUUGGGUGAACGGAUGAAGGUUGAGUCUGGAGACCUCACAUCAACUACACCAAUGAUAGCAACGAUGCUGGACCCUCGGCAUAAGCACCUGGGAUUUCUGAUCCCAUCAAGCAGGAUCUCAUCUCAUUCCAAACUGCUUGAACUGGCUAUGGCAGGACAUGUGGGCUCCACAUCAACAAAUGCAGCCACCACUGGAGAUUAUGUGUCAAUUCAGGGAGCUGCACUUCAGAGACACACUUCUGCUAUGACUCUUCUACUGGGUGAAAACUAUACCACCAGCAGCAACAACGAUGACAUAAAAAAGGAAGUGGACAAGUUUCUGAAGGAUCCCUCACCACCCCUUGAUUCCAGUCCCACAGAAUGGUGGAAAGUCAAUGAAAGAAGAUUUCCGAAGCUGGCACGACGAUAUCUGUGCAUACCAGGCACGUCUGUCCCAUCUGAACGUGUGUUCUCAGCAGCUGGCCUCACUGUAAACAGGCUGCGCACACGACUUACUCCUGACCAUGUUAAUAUGUUAAUUUUCUUGAACAAAAAUAUAAAGGUCUAGGUCAGGAGCCUAUUCAAAACAUAUUGAGACAGUAAUGUUUUUGUUUCAGGAGAGGUAGCCUAUAUCUUCAUUUGACUGUUCUAAGGGACGCCCUCUAAUUUUACUGUCUCCUUACUCAGAGAUGAUUUAAGUUGUGUUCAGUUCUAUAUUUGAAGUUUCAAGGUCUAGUAAU